GGUCCUGGCCGUGGCCGUGCUGGGAGGGGUCGUGGCCUCGGCGUCCAGGGCGGAGCAUAUUACUUCCCGCGCCGAGGAAUUGGAGGCGCUGAUGGCCAUCAAGGCGGCGCUCCAGGACCCGGACGGAAUUCUCGGAGACUGGAUCGUCACCGCCGGCCGUCACCGGUGCCGGUGGACGGGGGUCACCUGUUCCGUCGGCCGUAUUGACUCACUACAACUGCAGAACAUGGGCCUCGCCGGCACACUCUCGCCGGCGAUCGGGAAGCUGCGGCGGCUGCGCAAUCUGUUAUUGCACCAUAACUCAAUCUCUGGCCCUAUUCCCGACGCCAUUGGAGGGCUGCCGCUGCUACGACAUCUUUCACUGUCAAACAACCAGCUCAACGGCACGAUACCGGACUCGCUGAUCAAUUCUAGCAGCCUCUUCAUCAUGGAUUUGUCCUUCAACAACCUGAGCGGCACGGUGCAGGCUUUCAACAUAAAGAAUGUACUCCUUUCCGGAAAUCCGUUGUUAAGUUAUCCCGGUUGCGGAGGUAGUUGCGCCUCCACAGUAUGGCAGGAAGAGAUCACUGUCCCUGCAAUAGACCCGCCAACGCACUCACAGAGCUUUGCAGCAACCAUCAAGAUUGUGGUGAUCUGCGUAUCAAUUGGAUCUGUGGUAACUGCCGUCAUACUUGGAGUCUUCACGGCUGCUCAGCAGUGGCGAAGGCGUCGUCUCCGGAUAUUUGCUGAGAUAGAUGACAACAAGAACUCAGAAGUAUGCCAUGGUCAUCUGAAGAUGUACACGCUCAAGGAUAUCAAACAAGCUACCAACAGCUUCCACCCAAAUAACAUCUUGGGGCAUGGAGGAUUUGGGAUAGUAUACAAGGGUAUUUUGCUUGAUGGCACCAUUGCUGCUGUGAAAAGAUUGAGGGAAUUUGUUUCUUCUGGUGAAGUUCAAUUCCACACAGAAGUUGAAGUCAUGAGCUUGGUCGUUCACCGCAACCUCAUUAAUCUAAUUGGGUUCUGCUCUGAAGAUAAUGAGAGGAUCCUUGUAUACCCUUACAUGCUAAAUGGAACUGUUGCUUCCAAAUUACAAGCAUAUGUGAGUGGAAGACCAGCCUUAGACUGGGCAGGGAGAAAGAAAAUUGCGCUUGGCGCGGCGCGAGGGCUCGCCUAUCUGCAUGAACGGUGUGAUCCAAGAAUAAUCCAUCGCGACAUAAAAGCGUCCAAUAUUCUUCUUGAUGAACAUUUCCAAGCGAUAGUCUCUGAUUUUGGGCUGGCAAAGCUCUUGGGUCAAGGGCAGUCCCAUGUUUUCACAGCAAUCCGCGGGACAUUUGGGCGUAUCGCUCCCGAGUAUCUGUUGACAGGUGAAUCAUCGGAUAAGACCGAUGUUUUCGCGUAUGGACUCUUGUUGAUCGAGCUAAUCACCGGUCGAAAAAGGUUGGACGUUAAUCCGGAUGAGUUUGAGAAGGGAGGAGUGAUUGAUUGGGCAAGGGAGCUCCUUAAAGAUGGCCUGCUGAGCUCGUUCGUGGACGAGAGGCUAAAGUACAACUACAACUACGCGGAGGCGGAGGAGAUGGUCCAGCUAGCCUUGCUCUGCACAAUGUACAGGGCAGCCCACCGCCCAAGGAUGUCUGAAGUCGUGAGGAUGCUGGAGGGAGAUGGGUCGGUCGCAGGGAGAUGGGAGAGACUGAAGGAUGUCAAGGCACCGGAGUACGGAACCGGAACCCCCAAGAUUGUGCUGUCUCCUGCGCAUUACAGUGAAGAGGAGCGUAACUCCGUGGAGCUGGAGGCAGUUCAGCUCUCUGGGCCAAGGUGAUCUCGUAACCAUUUGACAUGCCAGGGAACAUAUCUGGUUCUCCCGCCCGUUUACUGUGAUGCCGCGCUCCCACCCAUCGGAAAGACUUGCGAUGGUCAUAAACGUUUUCUGAAACGACUUGGAUUGAUGAACCAUGGCAUAAUACUUUAGCGCCUGUCAAUAAAUCUCUGAGGAAAUACAGAGACAAAAUUUCAGUUCCUAAUAUUUUCUGCCCUCUGCCACCACCCUUUUAUCUUAGAACUUUCGUGACAUGGUAUUUUUUUUUCUUAUGAAAUCUUCAUGACCAAUCAUGGUUUUCCAAAAUUCGAAAUGGAGGGAGCGUGGCAGCGCCGUGUUGGGUGGUAGCACUGGAUAUGCCUCCUGUCAGAGUUUAGGUACAUGUAUGCAUGUGUGAUUGCCAGUUUCAC